UGUCACAGUGAUUAAAUAACACCAAAACUAUCAGUUUCGCUUGCCAACAGUUAUCAUAUGAUAAUAUAGUAAUUUACGAAAUUUGAUUACACGGUUAAGGCCGUGAUCAGUCCAAAAUUGACCGCCAACGAUUUGUAAAGCUCAAAAAUAUGUUUACCAAAUUGCUGUCAAAACAAAAAGUUAAACCUGCAGCACUUUGUAAUGCUGGCUAUGCUACCGAAGCAGUAUUCAAUACAAAGCCCUUUCGGCUGCACAAACUGGAAACUGGUCCAAGCACAGAGGUUAAAGUUACUCGAGAUGAUGCCUUACAGAUGUAUAGAAAAAUGCAAAUGAUCAGGAGAAUGGAAACUGCUGCUGGUAAUUUGUAUAAAGAGAAAAUUGUUCGAGGUUUCUGUCAUUUGUAUUCUGGACAAGAAGCAUGUGCUGUCGGUAUGCAUUCAGUUAUGAGAAAACAAGAUUCUAUCAUUUCUGCUUAUCGUGUGCACGGUUGGACUUACCUUAUGGGAGUAUCACCUGUGGGAGUUUUAGCCGAAUUAACAGGACGUAAAUCAGGUUGUGCAAGAGGCAAAGGUGGUUCAAUGCACAUGUAUGCACCAAAUUUCUAUGGAGGCAACGGAAUUGUUGGAGCACAGGUGCCAUUAGGUGCAGGUGUUGCACUUGCAGCUCAAUACAAUAAUACUGGUGGCGUGUGCUUUACUUUAUAUGGUGACGGUGCAGCUAACCAAGGACAAAUAUUCGAAGCGUUUAAUAUUGCCAGUCUUUUGAAAUUGCCAUGUAUUUUUGUCUGUGAAAAUAAUGGAUACGGAAUGGGAACUAGUGUUGAACGCAGCUCAGCCAGCACAAACUACUACACACGUGGUGAUUAUGUACCUGGAAUUUGGGUUGACGGUAUGGAUGUGUUAGCGGUGCGUGAAGCAUCAAAAUAUGCAAUUGAACAUUGCACAACUGGAAAAGGUCCAAUUGUUUUAGAAACUAUGACUUAUAGAUAUUCAGGGCACUCAAUGUCAGAUCCUGGCACCAGUUACAGAACAAGAGAAGAAAUUCAAGAAGUAAGACAGACAAGAGAUCCAAUCACUUCAUUCCGUGAAAGAAUGGUUUCAUCAGAACUAGCUACACCUGAAGAACUGAAGGAAAUGGAAACGCAAGUUAGGAAAGAAGUAGAUGAAGCCACAAAAAUAGCAAAAUCUGAUGUAGAAGUUGAUAUGGAAGAAUUAGGUGCUGAUGUUUAUUGUGAUCAAGUUGCUUCUCUUUCCACAGCAAGAGGUAUCACAGAAGAUAAGCCAUUACCUUUAAAAAGAUUGGGUACUGCAGUUAAUAUUUAAUAAAUAGAAAUUAAAUUGAUAUAAUCUAUGAUAAACAAUUUAUUUUAAAUAUAAAAGAAAUAAUUUUAUUUUAAAGUCAGAUUUUAUCAAUCUUCUUGCAGAGUUCCAACACUUUAUGAUGCAUUUAUACUUGUACAUAAUAUUUUCUAAGUAGGACGAUUAUUCACUCAUAAUAUGAACCAAUUUAUACAUUUUUAACUUCACAAAGCUUCCAAGAUUAAUGAUAUUUUAAGCAUAGUUCACAUUUUUUAAGUCUAACGAGGCUCAUUCUAUGCAUAUGUAGUUUUAAGGUAAUUUAUUACACAUCUGAAGACAAUAAACUAUUAAAUUAUAGUCUUAUUGAGUGUUCAAACAUACAUUUCUACAUUAAAUGUACAAAUGUACAUAUUUAUAUUUAUAUUUAAAAUAAGUAUAAGAGAAUAAAGCUGGCCUGUCAAUUUAAAAA